AUGGAGACUGAAACACAACAGUGGUUCAGUUCUUCUUUGGUUGUUCAUCAAAUAUGUUUCCCCCCCCCCUCCCCUCCCCGUGUAGACUCCCCCACGGUGACCCUGUCCAUCGAGCCUCGCUCCGUCCUGGAGGGCGAGAGGGUGACCUUCACCUGUCAGGCCACGGGAAACCCUCCCAUCAUCGGCUUCAGGUGGGCAAAGGGCGGCGUGCUGCUGGAGGGCGCCCGGGAGAGCGUGUUCGUCACCACGGCGGAUCACUCCUUCUUCACCGAGCCCGUCUCCUGUCAGGUCUUCAACGUCGUGGGAAGCACCAACGUCAGCAUCCUGGUGGACGUGCACUUCGGGCCGAUACUGGUGGUCGAGCCGAGGCCAGUCACGGUGGACGUGGACUCCGACGUCACUCUGAACUGCAAGUGGUCCGGGAACCCCCCUCUCACCCUGACCUGGACCAAGAAGGGCUCCAGCAUGGUGCUCAGCAACAACAACCAGCUGUAUCUGAAGUCGGUGAGCCAGGCCGACGCGGGCCAGUACGUCUGCAAGGCCAUCGUGCCCCGGAUCGGCGUGGGAGAGACGGAGGUCACGCUCACCGUCAACGGCCCCCCCAUCAUCUCCAGCGACUCCGUCCAGUACUCCGUCAGAGGGGAGCGAGGAGAGAUCAAGUGCUACAUCGCCAGCACCCCGCCGCCCGAUAAGAUCGUGUGGGCGUGGAAGGAGAACGUGUGGGAGAAGGAGAAGGGCACCCUGAUGGAGAGGUACACCGUGGAGCAGAGCAAACCUCCGUCCCAGGGCGGGGCCGUGGUCUCCACCCUCACCAUCAACAACGUCAUGGAGUCGGACUUCCACUCGCCCUACAACUGCACCGCCUGGAACGCUUUCGGACCCGGGACCAUGAUCAUCACCCUGGAGGAGACCGACAUUGUUCCGGUGGGAAUAAUCGCCGGUGGGACGGUGGGCUCCUUCAUCCUGCUGCUUCUGGUCCUGCUGGCGUUCGCCUUCUUCCUCUACCGCCAACGCAAAGGCAGCCGCCGCGGCGUCACCCUCGGUAAAACCGACAUCAAGGUAGAGACGGUCAACAAGGAGACGCACGGCCUGGAGGAGGAGGCGGCCGACGUCUCCACGGCAACGCGGAUGGUCAAGGCCAUGUACUCGCCCUUCAAAGACGACAUGGACCUGAAGCAGGACAUCCGGAGCGAGAGCGACACCCGGGAGGAGUACGAGCUCAAGGACCCGACCAACGGCUACUACAAUGUCCGAGCCACCACGCACGACGAAGCUCGCCCCCAGUCCCGCGCCGUCCACUACCAGGGCGAGUUCCGCACCCCCAACCCAAACGCCGGACCCCCUGGCGGCGCCGCUUCCGGCGGACCCCCGGCCGGUGGGGCCGUCCCCCCCAGCGGGGUGCCGGGCUCGAGGGCGGGCUGCUACGACCCGCGGCCCCCUUCCAGGAUGUCCCACGCCACCUACGCCCAGUUCAACACCUUCAGCAGGGCGGCGCCGAGCCAGCAGGCGCCUCCCGUCCCGGCUCUCCAGUCGCCAGGCGAUUACCCCGGAGACCUGCUGGACAGCAACUACGGGUACCCCUCCCAGUACCCCAGCUACCGCACGGGCUUCGCUCCCACCAUGGAGGAAGGGCCGGCCUACGAGAUGUAUCCAACGGGCCAAGGGCCGGGACCAGGACCAGGACCAGGACUUGGACCAGGACUUGGACCGGGACAGCAAAGUCCUGAAACCGGGCUGGGGCAGUAUGGAACCUCCACUCGCUUCUCAUAUUCGUCUCCACCCUCUGACUAUUCCCAAAGACACACACAGCGCAUGCAGACUCAUGUUUGAGGAACACUCUCACACACACACACACACACACACACACACACACACACACAGUUGCAGUGCUUCUAACACUAAAGAACCUAAAUAUAUCAAACAUCCAGUGUUCUUUUCUUCCAUGGCGUCCGGUGCUCGGCUCUCUGGACCAAUGAGAAGGAGCCGGCGGCUCCUCGUGUGAUUCAGUCAGCAGCAACACAAGCAACAAGUGCAAAACACACUUUGUUUUGUCGAGUUUAUGCUCCGACAAAAGCGACACAAUCGAGAGUCACAAUCAAGAGCAGCGACUAAAGAGCAGAAGAGACUUUGAAGGGAGGAAGCAGAGGAACCCGACUCUUCACAUCCAUCACGUCUCUGUAAAUAAGUGCAAACGGGGAUUUGGGGUGAUUUUGAAGUUGUUUCCUUG